UUUUCAGGUAUGACACUUCCAUGGAAUACCUUUCCAGGAUCUACAGUUCCCCCUGUUGUACCAUCUGUUGAGGAUAUAAUUCGAAUGUUAGUUGCCGGACAACAGAAAAUUGCAAUUCAGAAUCUUCUUCAAAGUCAGUCGAAAGAACAAGUGAACGGAACUUCGCAUGAUCUACAAAACUGGUUGACAUCUUUGUGCAUAAGUCCAUCAUCUUCUCCUACUCCGUCCAAUGCUUCUACAUCUACAAUUCCAGCACAAAUGACAAAUGAAAAUGUUCUGCAUUUGCAGAUUCAAUCACAACUAUUCAGUAAUCUUGGAACCCCAUGGUUCCUGAACCCUGAACAGCAUAAUAAAACAAACAAUGCAAUUCGAAAGCGUCCAAAGAAAGAGUUCAUUUGCAAAUACUGUGCCCGUCACUUUACCAAAUCCUACAAUCUCAUGAUUCAUGAGAGAACUCAUACAAAUGAACGUCCAUUUCACUGUGAAACCUGUGGAAAAUCAUUCCGUCGACAAGAUCAUUUGCGUGAUCACAAAUAUAUUCAUGCAAAGGAGAAGCCGCAUAAAUGUGAGAUCUGUGGAAAAGGAUUCUGUCAGCUGAGAACAUUGAAUGUGCAUCGAUCAUGCCAUCAUGUGCAGGAACCCAUUUCUGAAACAUUCAUGCUCGGAGCUAUCAAGUUUGGGAAGGCAGACUCAUUAUUGAUUGAUGCUGAGCCAUUGAUCGAUGUAACUACUAUUUGAAUUUGUGUGUAUAUUGAAUGUAGUUUAUUCUCUGAUUGACUAUCACCCAGAACACUCACAUCUCUGAAUCUCUUGAAAUGAUUCUCACCUAUGUAGGUAAUGUUUGUGUUUUUUUUUAAUGUUUUAUUUGAACUUAAUAGUUGUUAGAUUUUCUCCGAUUCAUGACCUUUUUAAAUGAUAAUUUUUAUAUCUCUAAUUGCAAUGAGCCAAUCCGGGCUUCGUGAACCUUUUUGCUUUUUUAGAGUUUUUUUUUUCUGUAAAUUAGUCUUCUCAUGCUUCCAACAGUACAACUAAAGAUCUGUUCAAUAAUUUCCACACGCAAACUUUUAUUCCUGUUAAUAUUUAAAAAAAACUGCUUUGUUAUUUUGUUGCACCAAUUUUCCAGAGGAACCACUAAUUUUCCAAAACCUGAUUUUGGACAAAGAAAAUACAGAUCAAUAAAUUUUUAUUCACAACUUU